GUCUCCCAUUGGAGUCACAGCACUGGCUCACUCCAAGCUCACUACUUAAGAGGCACUAGAACCCUCGAAAUCUCACAGUUCGUCUCUCCUUCAGAAGCCAAAAAGAAAAUAUCUACUGAUUGCAAUGUCAGAUAUCGAGGCCCCAUUGCGUCCCAAAAGGAAGAAGGGUUUGGUGGACUUCUUUGUUCAGUUUCGAUGGAUUCUCGUUAUCUUUGUUGUCCUCCCCAUCUCCUUCACCAUUUAUUUUCUCAUAUACCUUGGAGAUGUGAAAUCUGAGAUGAAGUCCUUCAAGCAGCGUCAGAAGGAACAUGAUGAGAAUGUCAAGAAGGUUGUGAAACGUCUCAAACAAAGGAAUCCAUCAAAGGAUGGUCUUGUCUGCACAGCUCGUAAACCUUGGAUUGCAGUUGGAAUGCGAAAUGUUGACUAUAAACGAGCUCGUCAUUUUGAAGUAGAUUUGUCCUCUUUUCGGAAUGUUCUUGAAAUUGACACAGAACGAAUGAUUGCAAGAUGUGAGCCCCUGGUCAACAUGGGGCAGAUCUCUAGGGUGACUGUCCCUAUGAAUCUUGCCCUCGCUGUGGUAGCAGAGCUAGAUGAUCUUACUGUUGGUGGCCUUAUUAAUGGCUAUGGGAUAGAAGGAAGCUCCCAAUAUGGCCUGUUCUCAGACACUGUAGUGGCUUAUGAAAUUGUUUUAGCUGAUGGUCGUGUUGUUAGAGCUACUAGGGACAAUGAAUAUUCUGAUCUAUUUCACGCUGUUCCAUGGUCUCAAGGGACACUUGGGCUUCUUGUCUCUGCUGAGAUCAGGCUUAUACCCAUUAAAGAGUACAUGAGGCUGACCUAUAAACCUGUUGUAGGUAACCUCAAAGAUUUAGCUCAGGCAUAUAUUGACUCUUUUGCACCAAGAGAUGGAGACCAGGAUAAUGAGGAGAAGGUUCCAGACUUUGUAGAAACCAUGAUUUAUUCCUCGACUGAAGCUGUGUGCAUGACAGGAAAUUAUGCCUCUAAAGAAGAGGCCAAGAAAAAAGGCAAUAAAAUCAACAGUGUUGGAUGGUGGUUUAAACCAUGGUUUUACCAGCAUGCACAGACAGCACUGAAGAGAGGAGAGUUUGUGGAAUAUAUCCCUACUAGAGAGUAUUACCACAGACACACAAGGUGUUUGUACUGGGAGGGAAAGCUAAUCCUUCCCUUUGCAGAUCAAUGGUGGUUUAGGUUUCUGUUUGGCUGGAUGAUGCCACCCAAGGUUUCUCUGCUCAAAGCCACUCAAGGUGAAGCUAUCCGAAACUAUUACCAUGAAAUGCAUGUCAUCCAAGACAUGCUUGUUCCUUUAUAUAAGGUUGGAGACGCACUAGAGUGGGUUCACCGUGAGAUGGAGGUCUACCCAAUUUGGCUCUGCCCACACAAGCUGUUCAAGCUGCCAAUUAAAACUAUGAUUUACCCAGAGCCAGGCUUUGAACUACAUCGCAGGCAGGGGGACACUCAGAAUGCUCAGAUGUACACAGAUGUUGGAGUUUACUACGCACCAGGCCCCGUGUUGAGGGGUGAGGUAUUUGACGGCGCAGAAGCAGUGCGUAGAAUGGAGCAGUGGUUGAUUGAAAAUCAUGGUUAUCAGCCACAGUAUGCCGUGUCUGAGCUGAAUGAGAAAAACUUCUGGAGGAUGUUUGAUGCUGGUCUCUACGAGCAUUGUAGGAAGAAGUAUGGAGCUGUUGGCACGUUUAUGAGUGUGUACUACAAAUCAAAGAAGGGAAGGAAGACUGAGAAGGAGGUUCAGGAAGCUGAGCAAGCCCACCUUGAAACUGCUUAUGCCGAGGUUGAUCAGCCAGACUAUUGAUCUCAGGGAUUCAGACUGUUUGAUGGUAGGAUCUUUUGUUUCUGAAUUUUUUUCCCUUUUGCUGCAUAUCUUGGGGUCUCUGCCUCUCAGAUAGCACUAGUUGCUGAUGCUGUUUUUUGGUUUCUAUAGACUUUCGUUGAGUGUGUGGCCUUUAACAUCCGAUGUUCUAGCUAGUUGACUUGAGACUUUAAAAUGGCAAGUCUGUUUGUGGGUUUAAUAUCUCCUAUUGGUUUGGUGCC